AUGUCACUGACAUUUGAACAAUUUAUAAAAUUCACGACCGACUCAGUCGGUCUAGAGAGGACCUUCCGCCUGUUCCAAUCUAUCGUACAGAUCCUCUCAAACUUCACCCUCCCCUUCAAUGUGCUCCUCCAAGUCUUCAUUCUCACAACAGAGAAAGCCCCCUCUCCUGCAGCAACCCGCGUCGUCCUAAAGGCUCUUAACCAGCGUCUGGGACUCGCCCGGCGUUUCUUCCGGCUAUUCCGAUUUUUGGAUUCCUUCAACGCGGCGCAGAAGCUCUCCUCCAAGCUUUCCACCGCCCAGGGCGAGAAAGGAGCCGCGCCGCGCGGAUUCCUAGCCCAGGUGCACCCAUGGAUUGACGUCUUCUCAAAGACAUUCAUGGGUAUGUACUUACUACUAGAAGCCAGCACGAUGGUAGACGCGCUGCAAGUUCCUGGGCUAGCAAUAUGGACAGCCGAGCGGGAACGCACUAUUACCGUCGAGGGCCAGAGGUUCUGGCUGUUUUCUCUAGUCUGUAGCGCCGUGUACAACGUCCUGGAAAUAUCCUUCACGCUCUUUUCUGCGCCGCCCGCCCCAACUGAAAAGGCAGCCUCUUCCGAGAAAAAAGUGGCAAGUCGGGAAAAGCGCAAGCAGGAGCCGAAGCAGGAGAUCACGACUAAGGUGUACAAGCUAGGUCGCGGUGCCACGGCUAGCAUUCUCGACAUCGUCCUCCCGGGCAGUGUGGUUGGCUGGGUUAAAGCCGACCCCGGUACCGUCGGUCUAGCUAUGUUCGUAACGACGAUCUUGACAAGUAUGGAUGUGUGGGAGAGGUGCGGACGAGAAGUCGCGGGGGGGUAA